AUGGAGGGCCAGGUCCAUGUGGAAGUGGAUGGACCAGGGAGGGAGGUAGAGCUGGCGGAGCAGGGUGCCAAGGUGGAGCAAAGAGCCAAGGUGGGGAUGGCAGACCAGGAAGCCAGGGUGGAGCUGAAGAACACCAGUGAGGAGCAGAGUUUCCAGUCUCUCUCAGCACCUCCUGAAUCUACAGAUGGAAAUGAUGAUCCCUUAAUUUUUCUCUUAUCUUCUGAUGGCUUGAAAGAAUAUGUUCUUCAACUGAGAGACAAACUGGAGGAUUUCUGCAAAGAGAAGAUCAAGAAGAUCUCAGACAGAGAAACAUUUACCAACAUUGUUCUCUGGACCAGGAACGACUUCCUACAAUAUUACCAUCAACUCACUCUGGAUCUGAAUACAGCAUAUAAAAACCUGGGUCUGUCUGAGAACAAUGGAGUGAUUACUAACACUGGCAUAGAUCAGUCGUAUCCGGAUCAUCCAGACAGAUUUGAUGUGUGUCAGGUGUUGUGUCGAGAGAGUGUGUGUGGACGCUGUUACUGGGAGAUUGAGUGGAGUGGGACUCGUGUCUUUAUAUCAGUGUCAUAUCAGAGCAUCAUCAGGAAGGGUUUGGGUGAUGAGUGUUGGUUUGGAUUUAAUGAUCAGUCCUGGAGUUUGCGCUGCACUUCCUCCAGUUACUCAUUCAUACACAAUAACAUAAAAACUGCUCUCCCUAUAAAGUCCAUCAGCAGUAGAAUAGGAGUGUUUCUGGAUCACAGAGCAGGAACUCUGUCUUUCUUCAGCGUCUCUGACACAAUGAGCCUCAUCCACACAGUCCAGACCACAUUCACUCAGCCGCUCUAUCCUGGGUUUUGGUUUGGUUGUGGAUCAUCAGUGAAACUGUGUUGAUGAAUCAGAAUAGACUGACGAGAGAUUCUACCCAUAAUGCUUUGAGCUACACGAUGAAUCAGUAACAGUGAGAUGUUAUAGAGUCUCUUCUUUUCUCUUCAUGACAUUAAUAUUGCAGCUGAACUUCUGUCAGUGAAAUAACAUGUCAGAAUAAAUGUGUUUAAAUCCUCAUAUAGACAGUGUUUGAGUCCUGUUGAGUGACCAUGUGUUUCUGUGCUUUUCUCAAACUCUAUAUAUGUUGACUAAAAUCAGUCAUUAGUUUUUAAUGUACUUUCACAUCUGUGAGAUCAUAUAUACUUUAAAUAUUUUCAGUCUUUAUUCUUCUCAUACUGUGUAACAUAUAAUCAUAGUUUUGUAUGCAAGGCUGACCUACCUCCCAUGUUGCUGUUAAGAACUGAUAAACAAGUAUGGUGCAUAUUUGGUGCACAUCACUCUUACUUGCACACAUGGUACACCCGGGAACUGGGAUGUAUGCCAAUGCUUGGGAAGGCAAAGAGUUGUUAUUCCUGUGCUCUGAACCACUUUGCUACUUCUCAACUGACACUUGACUAGUAAGCGACAUUAAUAAAAGACU